UUAGCAUCUGCACACCACCCUUUUCUUCACAUUCCCUCUGUCACAAACCACACUGUCAUACUCGUACCGAGCGGGUAAAAUGUACGCAGACCUUACGCGAAGUUUCUUCCGUGACUCAGAGUGUUUUGAGUCACAUUCUUUUUAAUUUUUUUUAUUUAAAUACAUAAAGUUAUACUUUCCAGGAACAUGGCUACGUAGAUUUCUGUAAAGUGGUUCAUUCGUGAUAUUAUUGUUUAUAAGCUUUCAUUAUUGUUGUAUUGUUUUUAGUUUGGGAGGAUGAAAGCGCCCCGAGGAAAGCACUCUCAGGCCUCUUGGCCUUCGAGUAUGAUGAAAAAAUGGUUUAACAUUAAAUCCAAGAAGUAUGAGCAUGAUGAAGAUCGAGUGGAUACUGAUGCGGAGAGAAAGGAGACUGAGAGAGAGGAUAGAGAGGACAGAGACAACGAUGCACGCUACGUUGAGGAUAUGCAGCGGCAUGAUGCUGAUCAGGAGGAUCUUCCGGGGACAAGGCAGGGAGAUUUUGCUGAAUCCUCGUGUGAAACUUCAGGCACCCAAGCAAGACGGCCUUAUAUUAAACACAGAAGAGGGAAAUCAGAAACUCUGCGCGCGCAGUAUAUUAAUACAAAAGAUGUGAGGGUGACCAUAGGUACUUGGAAUGUUGCCGGAAGGCCUCCACAUGACGAUCUAGAAAUUGAUGAGUGGAUCAGCAUGGAAGAACCAUCAGAUAUCUAUAUUCUUGGAUUCCAAGAGGUUGUGCCUUUGAGUGCUGGAAAUGUUCUAGGAGUAGAGACUAGAAGACCGAUACUGCAGUGGGAGUCUGUCAUUCGUCGAACAUUGAAUAGAACUUUUGAACCAGACCCCAAACCGAAAAGCUAUAGUGCCCCAUUGUCUCCAGUAUUUCCACUGUCUCCGGUAUUCCCACUAUCUCCAGUAUUAAGGGCUUCUGCUGCUGAUGAUGAUCUUCUUACUGACAUUGGUGGAACUUCUGCACUAGAGUUGAUACCUGAGGAGUCGUCAAACAUUGGUAGUGAAAGUGAUCCUAAACGCCAAACGGUGGAUGAAUUCAUUGGGGUUGGAAAGAAAUUUCGCUUGCAAAGAAGUAAUAGCAUUGAUCAACAUAGUAGACUGAAUUGGCCCGAGCAUCCAUUAGAUGCAAUAUCACAACUUAUCUCUACAGGAAAGAAAUUUCUACAAAGAAGUUAUAGCAUUGAUCAAUACAGUAAAUUAAAUUGGCCUGAACGUCCACUGGAUGUAACAUCCCAGGUUCUCCCUUCUAUGCGACGGGUAUUAAGCAUGAGCAGUUCAGCCAAAGUUCGUUCUGACUGGGUGAAGAAUGCUAAAAAUUUCAGCUCUCAAUAUAAUGCAGUUGGUCAUGGUAGGUCCGAGAAAAUUGGAGUGAUGUGGAUGAACCGGGAAGAUCAAUCAGUAGUUUGUCUACCUGAUGCUGAUGUUUUAGAUCUCUGUCCAGAAGUAGAAGAGCAUUCUUUUGGAAUACCUGAGCUGGAACAUGAAAAUUCAAUUUUAGAAGAUGGUGUAAAAUCACGACUUAAGUAUAUAAGGAUUGUGAGUAAGCAAAUGGUAGGAAUAUACAUCUCUGUUUGGGUCCGUAGAAGAUUGAGAAGACAUAUUAAUAACUUGAGUGUCUUGCCAGUAGGAGUUGGACUUAUGGGCUACAUGGGGAACAAGGGAUCUGUGUCCGUUAGUAUGUCUGUUUUCCAAACGCGGCUGUGCUUUGUGUGUUCACAUUUAGCCUCUGGUCACAAGGAAGGGUAUGAACAAAGGCGUAAUGCUGAUGUCUAUGAGAUCAUAAGACGCACUCAAUUCUCAUCUGCUUUUGACAUUCACCAACCACUGACGAUCCCAUCCCAUGAUCAGGUUUUCUGGUUUGGUGACUUAAACUAUCGAAUAAACAUGUCAGACUCAAGGAUAAGGAAGCUUGUUUCCAUGAAGCAGUGGAAUGAACUCCUUAAUAGCGACCAGCUAAACAAUGAACUACACAAUGGAGUGUUUGAUGGAUGGAAGGAAGGACAUAUAAACUUUCCGCCUACUUACAAGUAUGGUAUCAACUCUGAUGUAUAUGUUGGUGAAAAUCGAAAAGAAGGGGAAAAGAAGAGAUCUCCAGCAUGGUGUGAUCGCAUACUGUGGUUAGGCAAAGGCAUAAAACAGCUUUCGUACAACCGAGCAGAAAUGUGGAUCUCUGAUCAUCGGCCCGUCAGUUCAGACUUCUUGAUUACAGUUGAAGUAUUCGAACAUCAUAAGCUUCAGAAAGCUCUCAUUGUCACAAGUGCAGUAAUACACCCUGAUGAUAUUUUCGAAGUCGAAGACCUAGAAGUAGAAGACUGAGAAAAACAGAUAUCUUGCAACAAGGUGCUCCUUUUCAUCCUCUUGGUACACAAAUCCUACUAGCAGAAUUGCAAGCUUGUAUUCAUUCUGACGAUGAUAAAAAUGGCAAACAGUAAAUCACCAAGAACCGUCACUCCGUCAGCACAGUAGCAAACUAAUAUUUGAUACAAUUCCUUCUCUAUAUUAAGCCAAACAUAAACAGGAUAUGUAGGGUCCUUUAUCUAGAAGGGUCGUGAGACAUAUUUUUUGUAUAUAAGAGAUGGAAUCGCAAGGGAAAUGAUGCAGCAGUUAAUGUGUUUUA